AUGCCUCCUGCGCUGAUCACUCUUGCCGUCGAUCUCCUCAACCCCUCUCUUGAGCAUGAGAAGAGGCAGCACAAGCUCAAGCGCCUCGUACAGUCGCCUAACUCCUACUUCAUGGAUGUCAAGUGCCCAGGCUGCUUCGCCAUUACCACUGUCUUCUCGCAUGCCCAAUCAGUAGUCCUUUGCGGCUCGUGUGCAUCAGUUCUCUGUCAACCUACGGGUGGUAAGGCAAGAUUGACUGAGGGGUGUUCGUUCCGUCGGAAGAACUAG